CAAAGGUGUCCUUCACAGUCGCUCUUCACUGGGAACUUCGCCAUGAUUCCAAAGAUCUGCCUCGUCAUAAUUGCAGUAUUAUCUACUGCAUCAGCUGCACCACAAGUUUAUCGGGCUCGAGGAGCGCAUCACCCAACUGCUGAGAAAGCAGGAGAAUACAGCAGGGCUCUCGCAGAAACUGUUAAUAUUCUUCCAGAACUCACUUCUGCUUUCAAGAAGAUAUCCGAGAAUGAAGGGGGUUCAUUUCCAUCAGAUCCUACCUCCAUCAUGAACAUAGUUGCUUCCUUUAUGCCUAUGACGAGACAGAGCAUUUUGCUCAGAGAUGCAUUAGAAGGUAAGCCUGCCGCCUCUCAGGAUGACCUAGAGAAGCUCCAGGUAUUUGAAUCGGCAUUACCGGCUAUAGUCAAAUUUAUGGAGACCAUGAGAGCUAUGGGAGGCAAUUUGGGCAGUCAGAAUACCCCAGGAGAGUCUCCAAGCAGCAACCCAACAGGAGAGCUUCUACUGGAUACAAGAGGAGCAAAUGAUGGGAUGGUAGAGGCAGUUGUGGAAUUCUUACCCGAGAUCUCCAAGGUUUUUCAGCAGAUCAAUAGUGAUCCAAGUCUAUCAAACCCAAAUGAUCCAGCUUUCACGAACAGGGUUAUCUUGGCCUUUAUGCCCCUUUCCAAAAAAGCCAUAGAGGCACAAGCAAAGGCCGAAGGGCGGGCUGUGCGUCCAGAAGAGUUAGACAGAUUGAAUCAAGUUGAUGUUUUGAUGCCUGCAGUCAUGGAAUUUAUGAAAUCGUUAAGAAUUCCUACAACAGCUCCUGGCGCAAUGAGCCUCAGUCCUGCAACAGGUCCAGUUUCGAACGCUGCUGUUGUGGAUCAGGCCCCAUUAGGUUCUCGGUUUGAUUCCCCAAAGCCAGCCGUAAUCAGGGAACCAGCUUUUCCCCAGUUUUCAGCAAAGCCCAUUUCUUCUAGUUCCUACGAUCCAGCUCAGUCACAUGCGUUUCCAUCACCCAAUCCAAGUGCUGCAUUCGAUACAAAACCUUUGAAUUUACCAUCUAGGUUUGAGACGCCAGAGCCAACAACAUUCAAGCAACCUGCAUUCCCAGGGCAGACUUCAUCAGCUAGCACAAGUCUUGCUUCCUCGGCAGCAAAGCCUGUAUCUUCAACUUCUUUGCGUACAUCUCAACCAGCAGUCUCAACUCAGUAUGCAUACGCUCUGCCUGCGUCAGGGGCAUAUUCAGCGCCCUUGGAAGCUCCAUCAUUCCCAGAAGUGACACACGUAGUCCCACCAGUUUACCAGGCCUUUAUUCCCACCGUCCCAGAUACUAUUUCAGGAUUACCUGCCUAUUACUCGUUCUCCACGGUGUAUGGUCGUUAAGGUAAUUUAGAGAUAUUGAUGAUGGAAUGCAGAAUGUACAGCAAAAUCAGCUGCAGUAAAUAUUGCUUAAGCCCUCAUAAAAAAUAGGGAGACUCACUUUUAUGUACUGUAUAUAUAAAAUGUAGGUAUAUUUCAUAAAGGUAAACAGAAGAACAUAUGUACAUAUAUACACUCAUUGUUAAAAAAUUAAUGUUCAGCGUAUGAUAAUGAACAAUGUUGUAGAUGAUCGUCAUACAAAUGUAUCAAAUAUCUUUAAACAAAUUGCAACGGUAAAAAAUGAAGCGAACCUGAUCUAGACGGAUAUUAUAAACAACGAGUAAACUGCUUUUCAAACAUCU